GGCCGCGAGGUCGCCCUCGGAAGGCGGCGACGGCACGAUUCGGGUCACGUAAUCCACCGUCGUAAGCAGACGAAACUUCACUAUUGUAACUGCCUGUGUCCUGCGCGCGCGCCCUGGAUCGUCCUGGAAAUUGGCGACGGUUCGUGAGAGCCGUUUCCUCGCGAAACAGGAGAUGGAAACAAUAUUUGCGAUCGGCUAUCGGGAUUUCGAAUGCGAGAACUCUGCGUCGAUUCAAAUGUUCCAUGCGAACUUGAAGAGCGGACUUCGAGAACACGAAGCGUAACAGUAAACACCAUCGUGCGGCGGAAAUUCCUACGGGGAUAAAUCCGAUGGGCGAGACCAGGCGGAUCCAGACAACGCUAUGACUCAUGAUCUGACGACUACUUUAAGAAGCGAGCUGGCAGCCCUUGAAUAUAAACGAGAUAGACUUAUGUCCGAGUUGCAGGAGAUGAAGACCGUCGUGAGAUCGCGGGACCAGAGGGUCGUGGAAUUGCAGGUGGAGACCGAUCAGCUUCGCGAGCAGGCAGCCAGGCAAAAUGCUGUCAUUUCCAGUCUCAAGAAGCGCAUUCAGGAACUCGAAGAGAGAGAGAGGAACCUCUACUCGUCCCAGGGGAGGAGUGAGAUCACGAUACAAGGUCUGCAACGUGAUGUAAAAUAUCACGAGGAAAAGGUCAGGGAGUACGACAAGAAAAUUCGACAAUUGGAGCACAAUAUAUCCGAGGAGAUUCAAUUGAAGGAGCGCGCCCGUCUGAAUCUGCAGGAUUUUGUACGAAGACUGGCACACGCGUUGAACGUCGAGUACAGCGAGGCGGUGCAUCACAGUCCGGAGAUGGUGAUUCACAAGGCCGAAGAGCUCGUGCAAGAGGUGAAUCGACUGCGAACAAAGAGCAUGAACGUCGAGACCCAGUUGACGGGCGUCGAGGUAGAUUUCAGAACCUGCAGAGACGCUCUCGAUCGUGCCACUACGGAAAAAGAGCAGUUGCAGAGACAGGUGUCCGUUCAGCUGGUCGACAUAGAUCGUCUGCGUCAGGAGAAGGAGUGCGUGGAAAUGCAAUAUAGGGUCGCGGAAAAGGAAAUAAACGACCUGAGGGACAAACUUGUGAACACGAACAGAAGCUUAACCAGCGCAACGGGGAACAUAUCCAAUCAAGAGGCGCUGAUCUGCCAAUUACGAGAGGAUUUAAAAGCUCGCGAAGAGAAGACGCAACGAGUGCAAAACGACCUGCGUCACCUUCUAGAGUCCUUGGCGAUCCUCGUCAGUACACCCAAUCGAUUCGUCGAGUCUCAUGAGAACGCGAUUAAGGAUCGUGUCCGAGAGAUCCUGGCAGACAACAAGGAUCAGUCGCUAAAAAUACAAAGUCUUCGAGAAAAGGUGAACUCGGCGACGGAGUCGGCGAAUCGACAGAGCGAGUUGGUCGAAUCCACAAUGAUGAAGGUGCGCAGUCUGGAAGAUGAACGCGCCGCCCUGGAAGCAAAGAUACACAAGUUGGAAUCUGAACUUACGAGCAGUGAACUCUCCAGAGAGUCUUUACGCAGAGACAAGCAGACGUUUGUGACCUUCUUGGACCGACUCGGCAAGGCGAUGCAGAUGGACGAGAUCUCUCAAGAAAUCGGGCUCGAUCUUCUGACGGAGUCGCUGUUGGUGCGGGCCGAGCAGCUAGCCAGACUAGAGACCGACAAGCUGGUUGACAAGUAUUUGUGCUCCAGCUAUACGACCCUACCGAGGAUUCGGCGCGAGCGAUCGUUCCACGAGCUUCCUUGUCUCAAAGAAACUUCCGUGGUUUAUCAGUUGCAACGUCGGGUCCGAACUUUACGGGAGCAAUUGCAGCGAAGGGACUUACAUCUGGAUCUUCUACGCAGAAAAUUAUCUCUGCAAGAAGACAGCGUGAGGAUGAAAUCUCUGUUGCAGAGCGAACGCGACGAGGCGAACAUACGCGCGAAGAAGCUAGCAAAACAGGUCGAGCGAUUGCAAAUCCAAUUGUCGGACGAAAAAUCGCGGAAUCGAGAGUUGAGCGCACAAUUGACGGAAGCCGCAGAUUAUAAGAUAGCCGCGCUGGAACGCAGCCGUAAGAUAGACGAGCUGCAGAAGCGUCUCGUCGAGAGCGAGAUGUUGAGAACGCGUUAUAACAGAAAAUUGACGAUGGCGAAGGAGCAGAUGAGGACUACCGUGGAGACAGCCGAUCAGGAAAGAUCGAUAAACGACCAUUCCUUGCAACUUCUUCGCGACGAGCUCACUCAGGUUAAGCAAAAUCUCUCCGACGUCACGAGGAGAGAAUCCCAGCUCCAGAGCUUCCGCGUCUCCGUGGCGAAGCUAUUGUCGGAGCCAAUCUGCACUUCCGAUUACGAGAUCAUUUCGCGGCUGCAGAAAAUGGUCGCUGCUCAUCGCGACUUUACGAUGCUGUCCCGCAGAUAUGAUGAGCCUUUGGAAACGAGUCCUUCAAGAUGCACCAGCAUUCAUCCGGUCCAUCCCCCAAGAUCGCCCGGUUCACGCUGCACUCGUUACGAGGACAGCGGUUUCGCGGACCCACCGGAUCUCCACGACAUCGACGACGAUUACAACAAAAGGCCGGUGAGGAGCAGCCUCCUUCCGUGACACCGGCCAAGGUUCAAAUUUUAAGCGUGUUCCUGGGGGCGUGGAGAUUAAACGAUCAUUAGCGUCCAAUCUACCUCCUCGGAAACUUGAGUUUCCGAUCUCGGAGCCGUAGCUUGAACGAUGCUGCGAGGAAUAACUAUACGUUUCGCAAGUGCAUCGUAAAGCGUUACGUUUAUCUCGCGUAAACGACCGACUUUUACGGGAUAAAGAGGACCAUUCGCGCCUAUUUCUAUUCGCGAAAUAUCGUUGCCUUAUAAAUUAGACAGCAGGCGUGCCGUAAGAUCGCUCGCACGUCGAUCGAGCGAUCGAAUAGCUCGCCCUGACACCGAUUCCGAUGGAAUAAGCAUGAAGAAAUAUCGAACCAUCGAUCCGUGCUAUUACCGAAGGACUGGAAGAGGAAAUCGAGCCGACGCGUUCUCGUGAAAUUGCAAUUUAACGCUAAUUAUUAUCGGCAAGCGUGAGAAAUUUCUAACGGAUCGCAUGGAAAUGCGAUACUGAAUGUCGACUGUCGUAUAAACGAAAACUGUCGGAAGUGUUCAGGACGCGAAAAUUACGCGCGUCCGUAGUGUUUAAGAUAAUUUAUUUCGGAAAUAUUUACAAGCCGGCCGCGCGUGGCGCAGACUUUGAUUUAUAUGUGAAUAAAAUAACUAUUAUUCAUCUAUACAUAUAUACAUUGCUCCUGAAAAAAGAUCGUCUGGAUGUGCCAUUUGAAGCAAGCAACGCGGAAUCAUUAAUAUGCAUCAAGAAUGAAAUCGUAUAUCGAGUAAGAAUAAUUAAACAUAUACAUACAAAAAUUAAUUAUAUGAAACACGUGCAGAUGACGUCAUGUAAAAUGAAGAAAAAUUUUAUCUUAUAAGAAAGCCAGUUUGUGGAGAAUUAUGCACAGAGAUUUGGAAUACGACUUAAAGACUGAAUAGUAGAAUUUAAUUGCAUUCUGUGACAUGUUUCUUACAUCUUAAUUUUGUUUGCACUUAUUCCACAGAAUAUUCACAAAAUGUAUCUGCCCACAUUUUAACGAAGACCUAAGAGUGUUCAUAAAUUAAUUUAUAAAAAUUUUAAAAAUCGUGUAAUUUUUAAUCAUAAGUUAUACUUGCCUCACACUUCCGUUUUCAAUCUUUUCCACGAUGAAGU